AUGACCGAGCAUGACCAGGUGCAGAUCCUUGUCGUUCUAAUAACUUUGGGAGACGGGCUCCACGUCCAGUCUUACUUGCAGUAUUUGGUCUCACAAGACCCCGGCGGCGGGCGCAGUUGCAGGACACAAGUUUCCAUCUCCAAAGCGGACCCCGUAUGGGUCGUGGCGCGGUCCUUAUCGGAGGUGCCACUGACUGAGGACGAUGAACUCAAGAUUGGUCGUUGCUGCUUCGUGCUUCGCAAGAUCGUGCUGGACGAGGGCAGUACGUCGGAACCAGUUGACGGUUUGCCCGAGAGUGUACGCACGUGUGUGCAGACGGAUGCGCAACCGCUGGAACCGGUGGCUCCGGUUCCGGUAGCGACCCCGGUCGGAUUGGAGUUGGUAUGCCCAGGACUCGAGUUACCGACUCCACGUCUGGCAGCGAUGGACCUGCGACCAACAGAGGCUGUGGCGGGAGAGGAGGUCGUUCCAGGCAGAGUCUCUGACUGGGAGAAUUUGACGUUGCAGGAAUUGUUAACAAGAGACUGGGGAGCGGUUUCGGCGACGGCUGCGUCGUGCCGCAUUUGUCUGAAUGGGCCGGAAGCGGAGAGUUUGAUCAGUCCAUGUGUGUGCAGGGGUUCGCUUCAGUGGGUGCAUUUGAGCUGUCUCCGAACUUGGCUGCGAGGACGGUUGGAGUCGCGACAGUCACGAGCGGGUUUGUCCCGAGGUCGUUGUGCUUACUGGGAGGCGCUGGAUUGCGAACUGUGUAAGACAAUGUACCCUAGCCAUGUCUGCGUCCGAACACGGAAUCCCGAGGACUUGCCGGGCGUCGAACCCGGGGCUGAUGCUCUCGAGUGGAAACAACACGUUUCCGAUCUGGACCGCAUCCUCGCACGCAGCCGCUCCACCCUCGUCCGCGAACACCUCCAAUCAACUGACGACGGAGACGUCCAGGAAUUAGUCAACGUACCCCGACCCAAGAUACCUUUCAUUGUGCUCCAAGAAGUACCCAACCGGGGCAGCGAUGGGAACGGCGAUGGGAACGGCGAUGGGAACGGCGAUGGGAACCGCGAAGGAGCCGGGAGCCCUGGCGGCGAACAGAUACCCUCUGUGAACGGAGUUACGGACCCUGACGCGGAAAAUGCACAGGCCGGAAAUGUUCAGGGGGAAGAUCGCCCAGGUGCCUUACCAUGUGUAGAUAACCUACGCACUGUAGGGACCCUACCCACGUUAAAUCCGGACACUGGAUACCCAACGCAGUUGCCUAAUCCCCAGUUGCCUAGCCCCCAGUUGCCUAAUCCGCAAUUGGCAUUGGGACCACCAAUAGAGACCCUGUCACUGGGCAACUCUUUCGGGAAUGCUUCAGCCUCGCUGAUGUCGGAUGGCAGCCUGCAGUACCCGGCGCCAUAUGGUCGUCCGGAUGUAGAGGAGGUAGACGCCAGCCGUCGGUCAUAUGGCGAGCAGUCGGGCGACUGGUCGGAGGGAUUGAUGGCGCCUGGGCUCCCCAGUGGGCCGGGAGGAGGUCUGCAUUUCGUGAACGUUCCGGCGGACGGCACACCGGUCAAGGUGGGUCGCGGACACGACGUCGAUUUGCGGGUUCCGGACAUUUCGGUUUCGCGGACACAUCUCCUCAUACGACUGAGCGACCUCGCCGACCACCGGUGCUCCCUCGCCUGGCCGCAGGUGGUCCAAACCGCCAACGGCCCGCCUCGAGACCGACAGGGACGGUGCGUCAUUAUUCAAGACGCUCUCUCCAAGUUCGGCACACUCGUCGCACUCCACAACCGACUUAUCCUCGUCAAGAAGCAACAGAUUCUCAAGUUACAAGUAUGA